AUGGCUCCCCUUGACCCGCGUAACGCCGGAAUGAGAAAUAGGGAUCCGUUUGCCGCCAUCCACGUGACGUCAGAACUAGCACGUCGCUUUGAAUGCCAAGCCCGGCAGCUACUAAACGAUACACUCCGUGAAUACGACACACAAGUAGACGCCUGCCAAAAGGAAAAGAACCCGCUGCAUGACAAAUGGCAGUGGAAGCCGCUCAAGACUCAUGAAGGUCUCAACGUAUUCAAGGAGCGACAACCGACGCAUCCGGAGCUCAACUCCAUCACCAAUCGAGUUUCAAAGACUUCAGCUGGAUCAGCCUCUGGCCACUCGGCCACCUCAUCGACAGAGCGACCCACAAAGGCAGUGGCGAUGGCUGCGUACACUCCCGAGAUGGCUCAUGCGACGUCUUCUGCAGCACUCACAGGCUCAUCUUCGAUCGCCUCGAUUGCGAUCACGGGGCAUAUUGACGGUACUCUCAACGACGCCAUGUACGGACUCGUGGCGACAGACACCAUUGAGCUGCAGCUCCGGCUACGCUACAUGCUGGACGCGGAGGUGCUUGACACAGCUAUGGUCAGUUGUAUUCAGACACCAAGCACAGAGGAGCCGUUCCGGUUUCUCGGUGUCCAAUGGCUUGUACGAGGCGAACCGUCUCGAGUUAAGUCAAGCUCUCGUCACUCUCGCGAUUUCAUGCUCCUCGUGGCAUCAGGUGUUGUGCGACACCGAGUUCCUGGUGCUUCGGAUACCCAGGAGGUCGGUUACUACCUGUGCCAGUCGGUAGAUAUGCCAGCGUGCGGAGAGCUGGAGAAUCGAGGGCUUACCAAAGGCUGGCUGUCGACCUGUUCGCUGUUUACUUCGGCCAAGGGGAGCUCAGUGCAGAUCGACGUUUUUUCAAGAGGCUACGUGGAUUUCAAGGGCAAGAUGCAGGACUAUCAGGCGGCUACUAUGAUGACAAAUCUGAUGCUGAGUGGAGUCACGGAGGCUGCAACAUGUGGCCAGAGUAAGAAACUGAGCUGGCUGCUGACCUGUAAGGGCGCAGCAGCGGAGUUUCGGCGUAUGCAGCCGGAGCCGAAGACGUCGUCGAACCGCUGCGGCAUUUGUGAGCGCAAGUUCGGCGUCCUGAACAGCGUGGCAUCGUGUAACCUGUGCCAGGUGAAGAUGUGCUCGCGAUGCCGCGUAAGUCGCGACCUUAGCUUCGUGAAGCGGCGAGACACAACUGCUAGUAUCACACAGAGCAGGAGCUGGGACGAAGGACAAGCCAGUGGCCAAGUGCGGUGUCUGACGAUGGUAUUGUGCAAGAACUGCAAGAUGAACGCCAGUCACAUGGAUGCCCGUGUCAUGGCACGGCGAGAAGUCGAAGCUGCCUACGGGAUCGACGAGAUGGCGCGCACUGCCCCUGUUCGAUACGGGGAGACUCCAGCACAGCAAGCCAGGAGCUCUAUGUCUAACUCUAAGGAGGACUCGGAGCACAGCUACUCGAGAGACACAACUACUGAGAUGUGCUUCUGGACGCCAGGAAGUGACACCAAUAAGCUUCGAGGACGGGACGACAAACAGCUUCAAGACGUCGUCAAGCCUAAGCUGCUGGUUAGUAGGAUGGACAGCGGUCGCUCCAAGCUCGAGUCGUCUGUCAGCUCGUUUGCCUCGACGCUGCCGUCUCCUAGGGACCGCGAUAGCAGCCAAGAAGAUUCGAGCAUCGAGCUGACUCCGUUUCAGCCUCGUCAGCAACACCAACCUCAAUACAUUAGUGAAGAUCCCGAGAUCACAUACACAUACACCCCUAAUCAAACAGGUAAUGUGGGGAACUCUCAAGCAGACCUGGUACGGAGGAUGCAGGAGCUACAGAAGAAGUCGGAAUCCGUGUACCAGUUUACGAGUCAGAUGAACGCAAACACGCGGUAUCGACACCACCAAUUUGUGCCUGCAAACACCGGCACAUGUAUCACGGAGCUGGAUUGAUUAGUAUCGUUACAGCUGACGGAAGUUCUUGAGGCAAGGAAUCGUUUGAUUGUAAGAAAAACUAUCGUGUUUUAUU